UCCCCCGGGCGAAGUAAAUUCCAUUCCAUUCCAUUCCAAGGCACCCACCAGACUUAUGAACAUCGACCCCGUCUGUCAGCUAAACGGUGCUUCUUCGCUCAACCAAGAACUAGCGACUCCGCCGGUGCUCUUCCAACAUGGCAACCUUUCGGCGAUUCCGUCCCGACGACGUCAACAAGUUCUCCAAAUGCAACCUCGACCCAUUGACGGAAACAAUACGAGCUUAGUUUCUAUCUCCAAUACGAUGCAAAGUGGCCGUCUCUCUUCCAGGUCUGCGAAGACAUGGAUGGAAACAUUGUGGGAUAUAUCAUGGGCAAGGUUGAAUCUUCACCUGAUACCUACAAAUUCUCCGAGCACUACCUCCCGUGGCAUGCGCAUAUCACCGCCCUGACCGUAGCUCCAGAGGCACGAAGGUCGGGCAUUGGCAAGAUCUUGACUGAGCAGUUGGAAAUAGCCGCCGAUGCCAAGAAUGCCUGGUUUGUCGAUUUGUUUGUCCGAAGAAGCAACCACCGAGCCAUCGCCUUUUACAAGAACCUAGGCUACAGCGUCUUUCGCGUGGUCAAAGACUACUACGACGAACAUGCCACUGAUCCUACCAAGUCGAGCGAGGAUGCCUUCGACAUGAGGAAGCCCAUGAAGCGAGACAAGGACCACCAGCAUAUCAGGGAUGAUGACGAGCGCCACGAGGUUAACCCAGACGAUGUCUGGUAAGAAUUGUUUAACAAUACAAAUCGCCCCCCC